UCUCGUCCUCCACUGGAAGCGGUCGAACUCGACGGAACUCCACCUCGCGCUCGUGACGUCCAAGCCUGGCUGGGCGGCACUGGGAUGGUCUGUGGGCGGCAAAAUGGCCGGCAGCGACGCCGUGAUUGGCAACACUGACGGGGCGAAGCCGAUUCAGGCGUACAGGCUUGAGUCUCUCUCCAUGGAAGGCGUGAAGCCAACGGAUACUUUCAGCCUGGGCAACAAGACGUCAGUGACGGCUGGAAACAGCGGAUCAACUGUUAUUGCAUUCUCUCGCAUGGAGGGCACUGGUGUUGUACCUGUGAAGCUCUCUGGCCCUUCCUCCAUGAUCUUCUCUUCCUCACAGGAUGGCUCGAAAACUCUUGCUUAUCAUGGCCCUGCAAG